AUGACUGCUGACAAGCAAAAGAGAGGCCAUCUCGGCAACUCUUUCCGCUCUCUCAACAUUUCCAUGAGCAUCUCCCUUGCCGGGCUGCUCUACGGUCUCGAUACCGGCAUCAUUGCCUCUUCCAUUGCUCAAAAUACCUUCACCGAGUUCUUCUUUGGGGGGGCAAAAAACAGUGCCGUCAUCAACGGAGGCAUCAUAUGUGGCUACUAUGCAGGAUCUUGCGUAGGGAGCGGGAUUUCUGGAUGGUGCAUGGAUCGCUUGUCACGUCGUUGGUCCAUCCUCCUCGGCUCCUUUGUUUCCAUCGUUGGCGCCAUCAUCCAAGCCCUUGCUCAAAACGUGGCCAUGAUGAUUAUCGGACGUGCCUUCUCUGGAUUCUCUACCGGCAUGGUGUACUCUGUCGCCCCCGUCUACCUUUCCGAGCUUGCGCCUCCUGAGAACCGAGGCUUCCUAGUGGGUUUGAAGGGAUGGAUGAACACCAUCGGCUACCUGCUUGCCGGAUGGAUUGGCUAUGCCGGUACAUUUGCCGUUGGGAACCUGCAGUGGCGCAUUCCUCUGGCCAUGCAAGCACCGCCGGCAGUUCUCCUUGCAGUCCUUUGCUUCAUGCUGCCAUAUUCUCCUCGAUGGUUGAUUAUGCGUGAGCGCUACGAAGACGCCAGAAAAGUCAUGUACUAUAUUCAUGAGCACCGCGGCCCAGAAUUCAUCGAGCACGAGUAUUCUGAAAUGUACUCGCAGAUUCGACUCGAAUCUACCAGCAAACACAAAGCGCCAAUCAUGACCCUAUUCACGAGGCAAUAUAUCCGACGGACGCUUCUCGGAUGCCUAAUUGUCAACAUGGCAAAGCUCUCCGGCAGCAACGUUAUACAGAACUACCAGUCGAUCAUGUACAAGAACCUCGGAUACGAAGGCCGGACCGUCCUGCUCAUCACCGCGCUCUACGGCUUCAUGGCAGUAAUCGGCCAGACGAUCAGCAUCUUCACCGUGUCCGAUCACUGGCCUCGCCGGCGAACAGUCCUCUGCGGACUGUCACUGGUCCUCUUCUCCCUUGUCGUCCUGACGCCUCUCUCAAAAGAGUUUGCCGACGGCACCAACCCCAACGGCAGCCGCGCAGGAGUGGCCUUCAUCUUCUUAUAUGCCUUCUUCUGGGCCUUCUUCUUCAACUCGGCCAUCUGGGUCAUCGUGUCCGAGAUCUUCCCUUUGGAGCUCCGAGCCACCGGCGUUGGAUUCUCCAUGUUUACCCAGUCCGUCACGGCCAUUUGGCUAAGCUUUGCAGCCAGCAUUGCCUUUGAUAAGAUUCAAUGGCGAUUCUAUUUCGUGUUCAUCGCGACCAAUUUGUCCGCAUUUGUCGCAUUUUAUAUCUGGCUCCCCGAGACCAACCAACUGACGCUUGAGGAAAUCGCAGCCAAGUUUGGUGACGUCGUGUCCGAGCCGGUGGGGAAGGCCCUAGAUGAAGUUGAGGGAAGUGAGAAUCAUCAAAUUAGCACCAUCGACGGGGUCGGCGGGGACACCAAGUCCGGGUCAACUGAGCACGUUGAGCGCAAAGAAGAGCAUAAAAUCUGA